AUGGAUAAGAAUAAAAAAUUUCUAUUGUCAGCAGCGGGGAUUUUUAUAUCGUUUUUUUUUUUCGGUUUGAUACAAGAGAAAAUAACCAAAGCACAAUAUGUCAAUCCUGAUGGUAGCGUUGAAAAAUUCACGUAUUCAACGUCACUUGUCAUUACUUAUUGUUCAAUGAAUUAUAUUUUUUCAUUAUUGAUUUUAAGUAUUGUCAAACAAGAGGAUACGACUCCUUGUAUGUAUUAUAGCGUGAGUGGUUUACUUUAUUUUCUCGCAAUGAUUUGUUCAAAUAUGGCUCUUCAAUUUAUCAGCUAUCCUACACAAGUCAUUGCUAAAAGCUGUAAACCUAUACCUGUGAUGAUAUUCGGUGUUUUGCUUGGUAAAAAAAGUUAUCCAGUUAGAAAAUAUUUUUUUGUCGGAAUGGUCGUCAUAGGAGUCAUUAUGUUCAUGUACAAGGACAAAAAAGAAGAAAAGAUCAACAAGGCAGAAUCGGAGGGUAUAGGAAUCGGUGAACUUUUAGUUUUGUCGUCACUAUUCAUGGAUGGCCUAUACGCAGCUGUACAAGAAAGAAUGAAAGCUGAAUUUAAAACAAAAUCCCUUUGCAUGAUGUCACAAAUAAAUAAAUGGGCAACAAUAUUUUUACUCAUACUCUGGAUAGUAACAAAAGAAAUAUUUUCAUUUGCCAUGUUUAUACAAAGGCAACCGAAUGUUUUGUAUAAACUUGGUGCAUUAUCAGUCUGCGGGUUUUUCGGUCAAUUUUCAAUGAUAACAACGGUAACCGAAUUUGGUACUUUACCAGCAGCCAUUGUUGCCAACAUUAGAAAAUUUUUUACUGUUUUAGUAUCAGUAUUAAUAUUAGGUAAUUCCCUAUUGGGUAGACAAUGGCUGGCCACUGUUGUUAUAUUCUCAGGUUUAUUUUUAGAUAUUUUGUACGGGAAAGCUGACACUAAAGUCAAAUAA